GUCCAGAUGUGAAGUUGCUCCAGAGGUGACGUGUGUCGUCCUUUAUUUGGACUGAAUCUACUGAUAUUUGCAUCACUCAUGUGAAUGAGUGACAAGUGUCUAAAUCUAAAAGUCGCCUGCUGCACAUUAGUUCAUCGUAAAAUAUUCACACAGUCUCUGGUCGACGGGGGAAAGUCGGUGCUGAUGGAUAUUUUCUCUACAUGCAACUAGCACAUGACGACAGAGGAGACGUGUCACUGAGGGGAAGUGAUCAACAGGAAGUAAACGCCACAUUGCACUUUUUACUAAGAACCGAGAAGCAGAAAAGAGAAAGAAGAAGAAUGGAUGAAAUCAAACGGAUUAAAAUGUCUUUACAUCUGCUACUGGUGCUGAUUCCGUUUACAGUGCUCGCUGCCCAAGAUUCCUUCAUCAUCGUCAGAGCUGGAGCUGAAGUCACUUUGCCUUGUGACAAUGUGAGAGAUGAUCAUGUGAACUGUGGAGCUACUUCCUGGUUCUUCAGUGAUUCAAAGUGGACUAGAUCAAUAGACCUGUUUGUAAACAGGCAGCUCAACACAUCUCUGAUUUCCAAAUCUAAAGCAGACAGACUACGUCUUGCUGCAAACUGUUCUCUGGUUAUUAGGGAGGUCACAGCUGAAGAUGCUGGUCAAUACAACUGCAUACAGUCUGACCUGACAACACAACCAUAUAAAGAUCAUGUGGUUUUUAUCUCUGUUGUCAACGUGACUGAGCAGAAGAGAACUGAUGAGGUGACGUUGAGCUGCUCUGUGUCGACAUAUAGAAGGUGUGGACUCACAGUGAAGUGGCUGUAUAUGAAUAAAGAUGUGAGUGAAGACAACACUGAACUGAAGACAUCACAGUCUUCCUGCUCGGCCAAUGUGAGCUUCAAUAAAUCCCAUUCUGUUUACAAGAUGAAGAACUAUAGCUCAUUAACAUGUAAAGUGAGGGAUCGUUACAAAGAGGAAAAGUUUGCCUUCAUUCCUCCGUCAUCAGAAGGAAAGAAGAAACCAGCUCCAGGAACAGAUUGGUGGUGGUACAUUCGUCUGGUUGUGGGUUUUGCCACAAUCGUAAUAAUGGUUGUGAUUCUCAUCAGAUGGAGAAGAAACAAGUUCCAGGGUGGUGAUGAUGCAGUGACCUUCAGCACUGUGGAAGCUCACUCCUCUUCUACUGGACCCUCAGCUGAUCCCAGCAGCCUCUAUGCCAACGUCACAAUCAUACAAUAGUAGAGUUACAUUUGACAUCGAUAUAUU